CAUGAACCCUGUAGAAGUCUCUGUAAUGCAUUACUAGGAAUUAUGAAUCUCUUAGGAAAUAGUUAACCUGUUAUUGUCAAUCAAGGUUUGCAGCCAUUGAUGUCACUCAUCUUUAUUUGGUCCUGGUAACCUAAAAAUGAUCAUAUAUACAUGUACAGUCAUAACAUUUCAGUGGCUAUUUUAGAAACCAGAAUUGAUAGCGAGAAAUAUCGACAUUUUUCUCUUACAACUCAGAUGUCCUGAUUCUGAAUGUGUAACAUACACUUUUUUGUUCUGUGGUUUGCUAUGGAUAAGACGCUGGCACCUUCCAAUUUCCAUUUCAUUCUUGGUAGCCUGUCAAGUGGGGGCAAGUACAGUAGAAACAACCCUUUUGGUGAAUGAAUAGAAAAUAUCAACCUGGAUUGUCUGAUUGGACCUAGAUUGGUCAUUAAGUUUUGAACUUGUGGGUGUAAGUUUUAAAACUCGCCGGUGCAAGUUUUGUAACUUGCAUCUGUGCCAUCCAUCUCCGAUCUGAUGGCCCAAGUUGAUCUUUUCUAUUCUUGCACCAUAAGGUCUGAUUCUAUUGUAGUCGUCCCCUUUAAGUUGCACUGACGAAAACUUGUUUCCAACAGCACCAUGUAUCUUUUUAUGCUCAAAGAGGCCUAGUCAUAAGAAGCAAGUUAAUACUUUUUAUUUUCUUUCAAGAAAACAAUGAGAUCAAGUUAUUUUGAAAUUCAAGAAUUUUAUGAUUCGUUGGGAGGCCAUAUGUUAUUUAUUUGUACUUCAAAAGUGUUUUUUCUGCAGCACGAGGCAGUCGUGUGUUGGGAGAACAGUAGUAUGUAUAUUGCAGUCUCAAGCAUCUGAACAAAUACAAAGUUGAGCACUAGGGUAGCCAGUUAUAUCAAGUGAGAGCAGUGAUUCGGUGCCCAGGCUCAUCUUCAUCCGCGUUUAAGAAAAAAUUCAAAACAAAUACUAGAAAAAUUCAAAAAAUUCCAAGCAAAUUUUGCAUGGAAGAUAAUUUGGUGCGUGAGGUUCGUCCCAAAUUUCAGAUCAUUUGGAUAUCUGAGUAGCUCUCGGCAAAAAAGAUAAAUUUGGGGUCUGUAAAUUUUUUUACUGUUCAUGUACUGUUCCUACCCAAUUUGUCUUUCUUUCUGAGAGCUACUCAUAUGUCCAAAUGAUCUGAAAUUUGGAGCACAGCUCACGCAUCAAAUUAUCUACCAUGCAAAAAAGAAUUGGAAUUUUUUUAUUUUUUUGAAUAUUUUGUGAUUUUUUAAUGUUGAAACAGUAUCAGUACUUUUCUUGUUUGUGAAGACUAUCACCAGAGCCCAGACAUAACUCCCUCGUUUUGUGUUUCACUAGUCCCUGUGCUAGAUGGCAUCUUCUACUCUAAAACCAGGUGUGCCUAUUACUUUGCAAGAGCUAGAGCCCUCCUCAGAGAUGUUCAAGCAAGGGGCAUCCAUCCGGGUAACAGGAAUCCUUCAGUCAUAUGAUGUGGACUCUGCAGUUGCUGUCAUUCAAGAUGGCAGUGCUAGACUGAAGAUUGAUACUCAAAACCUGAGAGACAUUAGUUUCUGCAGUAAUUCCACGUUCCAGUUCAUCGGUGAACUCCUGAUCCAGCCAAACAACGAUGCGAUUCUACAAGCACGUGUGGGCAGGAAUGUUGAUGGACUUGACCUGAACCUUUACCAGCAGUCUUUGAUCAUCCGACGGCAACAUGAAGCCAAACUACUGAGCUCCAGGAGGCCAUGAUCCAAAGCUGUGAACCAGGCUCAAGGCCUCAGUUCAGUUUUUCUGAAGUAUGGAGCAUGUGAGAAAAGAAUCACGUAACUCAUGAUGAUCAUGUUCUCCAGUUUGUUAUCGAACCUACAAAGUGGUACUAGUAGUUGUUAACUGAGUUUCCUGGGCACAGAUUAUUCCUCGAUGGCCACCUCAUUCUCAAGGCUAUUUAAGCUAUCAGGUCCAUGGGCUCAUAUUGGUUAAGGGUCCACAUAUUUGUU